CCCCCUCCUCCCUCAGACCCGGGAGUCCAGGCCCCCAGCCCCUCCUCCCUCAGACCCAGGAGUCCAGGCCCCAGUCCCUCCUCCCUCAGACCCAGGAGUCCAGGCCCCCAGUCCCUCCUCCCUCAGACCCGGAGUCCAACCUGAGCUCUCUGUCUUCUCCUGCCCUCAGGUGUUUGCCGCCUGGUCCUGGUCGUGCUGAGCCUGUGGCCAGAUACAGCUGUUGCCCCUGGGCCACCACCUGGCUCCCCUCGAGCUUCCCCAGACCCUCGGGCCGAGCUGGACAGCACCGUGCUCCUGACCCGCUCUCUCCUGGAGGACACGCGGCAGCUGACUAUACAGCUGAAGGACAAAUUCCCAGCUGACGGGGACCACAACCUGGAUUCCCUGCCCACCCUGGCCAUGAGCGCGGGGGCACUGGGAGCUCUACAGCUCCCGAGUGUGCUGACAAGGCUGCGAGCGGACCUACUGUCCUACCUGCGGCAUGUGCAGUGGCUGCGUCGGGCAAUGGGCUCUUCCCUGAAGACCCUGGAGCCUGAGCUGGGCACCCUGCAGACCCGGCUGGACCGGCUGCUGCGCCGGCUGCAGCUCCUGAUGUCCCGCCUGGCCCUGCCCCAGCUGCCCCCAGACCCGCCGGUGCCCCCGCUGGCGCCCCCCUCCUCAACCUGGGGGGGCAUCAGGGCCGCCCACGCCAUCCUGGGGGGGCUGCACCUGACACUUGACUGGGCCGUGAGGGGGCUACUGCUGCUGAAGACUCGGCUGUGACCCGAGGCCCAGAGCCACCACCGUCCUUCCAAAGCCACAUCUUAUUUAUUUAUUUAUUUCGGUACUGGGGGCGAAACAGCCAGGUGAUCCCCCUGCCUUUAUCUCCCCCUAGUUAGAGACAGUCCUUCCGUGAGGCUGGGGGGCAUCUGUGCCUUAUUUAUACUUAUUUAUUUCAGGAGCGGGGGUGGGCUCCUGGGUCCCCGAGGAGGAGGGAGCUGGGGUCCCGGAUUCUUGUGUCCACAGACUUCUGCCCUGGCUCCUCCCCUUCGAGGCCUGGGCAGGAAUACAUACUAUUUAUUUAAGCAAUUACUUUUCAUGUUGGGGUGGGGAGGGAGGGGAAAGGGAAGCCUGGGUUUUUGUACAAAAAUGUGAGAAACUUUUGUGAGACGGAGAACAAGGAAUUAAAUGUGUCAUACAUACCCACUUGAGGGCGACUUGUCUGAGAGCUGGGGCUGGAUGCUCGGGUAACUGGGGCAGGGCAGGUGGAGGUCCCGAGUGGGCGGGGCAGGGACUGGGAGACGGGUCAGUCACUCAGACAGCUCUGGGGAGGCAGAGUUUGAGCCUCGCCUGGGGCCCCACACUGCACAGGGCUCUUUGUUUUUUGAGAUGGAGACUGGCUCUGUUGCCUAGGUUGGAGUGCAGUGGCGCAAUCUAAGCUCACUGCAACCUCCACCUCCCGGGUUUAAUCGAUUCUCCUGCCUCAGCCUCCCGAUUAGCUGGGAUCACAGGCGUGCACCACCACGCCCGGCUAAUUAUUUAUUUCUUUUGUAUUUUCAGUAGAGACAAGGUUUCACCAUGUUGACCAGGCUGGUUUCGAACUCCUGACCUCAGGUGAUCCUCCUGCCUUGGCCUCCCAAAGUGCUGGGAUUACAGGUGUGAGCCACCGCACCUGACCUAUAUAGGUCUUCAAUAAAUAUUUAAUGGAAGGUUCCAGAAGUCACCCUGCGAUUAAUGGUACCCGUAUGUGACAAAGCUGCAAGGUCAAGAUGGUUCAUUAUGGCUGUGUUGACCGUAGCAAAUUGGAAACAAUCCAGAUAUCCAACAGGUGAGGGUUAAGCAACAUGGUGCAUCGGUGGAUGGAAUGCCACCCGGCCACCCAGAGCAGGGACUAGCAUUCAGGGAGGCUAAGGAGAGAGGCCUGCUUCGGAUAUAGAAAGAUAGCCUGACAUUGGCCAGGCAUGGUGGUCACGCCUGUAAUCCUAGCACUCUGGGAGGACGAAGCAAGUGGAUCACUGAAGUCCAAUAGUUCGAGACCAGCCUGGGAGACGUGGCGAAACCCUGUCUCAAAAGAGAAAAAACGAUGUCCUGACAUGAAACAGCUACAAAACCACUGCAUGAUGCGAUUCCAAUUUUUGUGUUUUUCUUUCUAUAUGUGGAUUAAAAAAAAAAAAAAAAAACCCUAAAGGGAAAUAAGCCAAAUGUUGACAAGGACUGUCUCCAGGUCAAAGGAGAGAGGUGGGAUUGUGGGUGACUUUUGAUGUUUAUGAUUGUCUGUAUUUUACAGAAUUUCUGCCAUGACUGUGUAUUUUGCAUGACACAUUUUAAAAAUAAUAAACACUAUUUUUAGAAGAACAGAA